UUCUUAUAGGGAGAAACAUGUAUAGCUAAUUGUUCGAUUGAAUGAACCGCGAUGCACCUAUAAAUUAACUUUCAAUCAUAUGCCACGCUUUCAGUUCGACUUGUGAAAGCUAUGAGACGCUAUCCCCAAAAUGAUCUAUCGUGCGUCCAAAAGUUUGUUAGUGAUCUGGUGCCUCUUAGCAGUGAUGAACAGAUCUGUCCACGGGGUCAAAUACCUCAGUGACCUGAUCUCGAACCUGAACAAAACUUGCGAAUCGUUAGUUAGUUGGCAUAGCUGGAUGACCCCGUCGAAGACGUCGCUACCUCCGAUUGGAACGGGUUCGCUGCAAAUCACUGUGAUUGAUUCGUGUAAGAAGGUUCCCUUGGACGCCAGUGGAGUGUAUCUAUUUCAACCAUCGGAAACGGUUUAUCCUUAUCCGGUGUAUUGUGAUCAGGAGAGCUUCAUCGGCAGCCAUGGGUGGAUUGUCGUGCAGAACCGGAAGGAAAAUGGGCAACUAAGCUUCGAUCGAGAUUGGAUCGAGUAUCGAGAUGGGUUUGGUGACCCACGCGACGAGUUUUGGAUCGGGCUGGAGAAGAUUUACCAGCUGACAAGAAACGACACCAAAUACGAACUGCUGGUAAUGAUGCGAAGAAAGAAUGGUAAGAUGGAAGCGGCUCGAUAUGCUUCGAUUUCGAUUGGAAGCGAGAAGGAUGGGUAUGCGCUGGAGCUGGGAAGUUAUGCGUUCGGAAGUGCGGGACACACAAUGGAGUUCAGCAAUAAGGCCAAGUUUUCUACGCCGGACCGGAACAACGAUGACACGGGGAAAGAAUGUGCGCAGCAGUUGCGAAGCGGGUGGUGGUUUAGCGAUUGCGAUAAUUUACCUUCCAACUCCAGACAAACGGUGCAACCCUCAUCAUUAUGUAGCAAGCGGAAUCAUGCAUACAAAGGGUUUUUCUACAUGGCAGAUCCGUGCUUAGAAGAGAGUCGAAUACUGAUGAGGGAACUUUAGGACACAAUUGAAUGCGAUGCGAAAAAAUAUCAAAAGUCGUUUUUAGAAAUAGAUUAAUGACAAUAUCGCUUUUUUAUGUAACUUGUUGGCAGUCUCUCGACUCAAACUCUACUCCGGGUUCAUCCCUGUUAUUCCCCAUGGUAAUUCAAUUUUUAGAUCAAUAACAGUUUAGAUCAAUAACAGACGUUCCUAAGCUACGUUGCUCAAAUGGUCACUGGCCUGAUCCAAAUAGUUUUCUAUAAAAUAAUCCCUUCAAGUACCGUGGAGGCACCAUAUUUGACGCAGUUUAUAAAAUUUUAAAAUGGAACAUUAUUUCAAAAAUAAUUGCAAAAUGGAUUCGCUUAAUAUUUUGCAUAACGAGCUUUCCAUUAGUAUAGAAUGUGUACAAAUAAUGAAACUUCGAAAUAUAA